GCGACACGCUUCUGCGCAGUCCGUGGUGGCGUCGUAACGCCUCGGGGAAGGGGAAGCCGGGGAAGCUCGAACCGCUGCCUCUGGCUCUCUGGUUUUUUUGUUUUCCCUGCUGACAGGGUCGGGUCACUGUCUGUGGCACGGGCUGCAGCCUUCCCAUUUGCGUCCCCCGCCCUGGAUCCGGCCCUGUGGGCAUUAACGUCAAUUCUCUCGCUCCGCCGCGAGUCCCCUCCGCGUCCCCCGGCACGGAGGCCGUAACUAUGGAGAAUAUGGCGGAGGAGGAGCUGCCACCCCAGGAGGAGGAGGAGGAGGCCCAGGUCAGGGUCCCGACCCCGGCCCCGGAUUCGGCUCUGGACUCGGCUCCGACGCCGGACUCGGCUCCAGCCCCAGCCCUUGCCCCGGCCCCGGCCCCGGCUCCGGCCCUGUCCCCGUCCCUAGCCUCUGUCCCCGAGGAGGCUGAAAGCAAGAGACACAUCUCAAUUCAAAGGCGGCUUGCUGAUCUGGAGAAGUUAGCAUUUGUGACUGAAGGAGAUAUUGAUUCUGCCAGUUCACUGAACUCAGAUAAUCAGAACACAGAAAACAGUCGUACUUGUCCAUUGUGCCCUAAAGAAAAAUUCAGAGCUUAUAGUAAUCAUAAGCUUCGUCGACACCUUCAGAAUUUACACUGGAAAAUCUCAGUUGAAUUUGAAGGCUACAGGAUGUGCAUCUGUCACUUAGCUUGUCGACCAGUCAAACCAACCAUUGUUGGAGAACAGCUGUCCAGUAAACUGGGUGCGCAUUAUCACUGCAUCAUUUGUUCAGCAACCAUCACCAGAAGGACUGACAUGCUAGGGCAUGUUAAACGCCAUGUGAAUAAAGGAGAAACUAAAUCCAGGUAUAUUGCUGCUUCUACUACCAAAUCAGCUAAUGAAAUUUUGAAGGAGGCAGACACAGAUAUACAAGUUUGUCCUAACUACUCUAUACCUCAGAAAACAGAUUCAUAUUUUAAUCCCAAAAUGAAACUAAAUCGUCAAAUAAUAUUCUGUACGUUGGCUGCUUUGGCUGAGGAACGAAAACCUUUGGAGUGUUUAGAUGCCUUUGGAGCCACUGGAAUAAUGGGAUUACAGUGGGCAAAACACCUUGGAAAUGCAGUCAAAGUUACAAUUAAUGACUUGAAUGAAAACUCUGUGAGUUUGAUUCAGAAAAACUGCCAUUUAAACAAAUUGAAAGUGGUGGUGGACAGUGAGGAAAAGGAAGAGGGUGAUGCCCUGGAUGAAGAUGGCACUCUUGGUGAUAUCCAGGUGACCAGGAUGGAUGCCAAUGUGCUGAUGCACCUGAGAUCUUUUGAUUUCAUACACCUAGACCCGUUUGGAACAUCAGUGAACUACCUAGACUCUGCGUUCAGAAACGUAAGAAACCUUGGCAUAGUGUCAGUGACUUCUACAGAUAUCAGUUCCUUAUAUGCCAAGGCACAGCAUGUUGCCCGGCGUCACUAUGGAUGUAACAUUGUCCGAACAGAGUAUUACAAGGAGCUAGCAGCCAGAAUUGUCGUAGCUGCUGUGGCAAGAGCUGCAGCGAGAUGCAACAAAGGUAUAGAAGUGCUGUUUGCAGUGGCCCUGGAACACUUUGUGCUGGUAGUUGUGAGAGUCUUAAGGGGGCCGACUUCAGCGGAUGAGACUACCAAGAAAAUCCAGUACCUGAUCCACUGCCAGUGGUGCGAAGAGAGGAUUUUUCAGAAGGAUGGGAACAUGGUAGAAGAAAACCCGUAUAGACAGCUGCCCUGUAACUGUCACGGAAGCAUGCCUGGCAAGACCGCAAUAGAACUCGGGCCUCUGUGGUCAAGUUCCCUUUUCAAUACUGGAUUCCUAAAAAGAAUGCUCUUUGAAUCUCUUCACCAUGGUUUGGAUGACAUUCAGCCCCUAAUAAAGACACUAAUCUUUGAAUCAGAGUGUACUCCCCAAAGUCAGUGUUCAGUUCAUGCACCUUCAAAUCUCAACAAGCAAGAAGAAAAUGGUGUAUUUAUUAAAACUACCGAUGAUACCACAGUAGAUAUUUACAGUGCACAGGGAAAGAGGAAAAGCAGCGAAAUGAUCAUAAAUACAGCCAAGAAACAGAAGACUGACGUCAGCGCUGCACAUCCCCCCUUCUAUUACAACAUCCACAGACACAGCAUCAAAGGGAUGAAUAUGCCAAAGUUGAAAAAGUUUCUGUGCUGUCUCUCCCAAGCAGGCUUUCGAGUAAGCCGAACUCACUUUGACCCCAUGGGCAUUCGCACAGACGCACCUUUGGUGCAGUUUAAGUCCAUCCUGUUGAAGUACAGCACCCCCACUUACACCGGGGGACAGUCCGAAGGCUCCGUGCAGACGGCGCCCGAGGAGACAGUGGCUGACAGGGUUGAGAUGUCGGUGAACGACAAAGCAGAAGCCAGCGGCUGCAGAAGGUGGUAACCCAGAAGUCUUUCUUCUCAGGGUUCCACGUGGGCCCAGUGAUUCGGUACCAACUGUAAUCCUUUUUUUAUUCUUUCAACGUAGUGAGAUAAGAGAAAAAAUUUAAAAAGCACUGUUUUCAUUCAGAAAAUUGGCUGUUUCUGACUUGGCUGGUGUGAGAGCUUUGCUUUUUAAGUUUUUAUUAUUUUAAAGAAAAAAAUUUAAUAAAAACAUUUCAUGAUGAAGCCAA